AUGGAGGAUGAUGAUGAAUGUAGUGCACAUGAAACUAGUGUAGGGGUGAAUGAAUCUAAAGAAUCUCCACAGAAGAAAUUGAGGCAGUUAAAAUCAUCUGUUUGGAGGUAUUUCAAGAAGAUUAGUAGAAAUAAAAAUGAAGUGAAAAAAGCAAUAUGCAGAGGUUGUAAGGAACCAUAUAGGCAAGGUAACAUACAGUCGAGAAAGAUCGAUCAAUUGAUUUCCCGUGAAAAGCUUGUUGAAGCUAUUAUUGAGCAUGAUCUGCCAUUAUGUAUAUCCAGAAUUGGUAAUGCCAUCAAGGAACACUUCUAUUGUGGAUGUCCAGAAAGUGUAUUUCAGAGAGAAAGAAAAUUAAAACAAGUGUUGGCGAAGAUUCCUAAUCGAGUUUGCUUAACUUCUGAUUGCUGGACAACAGGAGUUGAAUUGGCUGCAACUAUAUAUGAUUGUUUGAAAGAGUGGGGAAUCGAUAGGAAGGUGUUCUCUAUCACUUUAGAUAAUGCCACUAACAAUGAUAGCAUGCAAACUAUUUUAAAAGGUCAUCUUGGUUUGCAAAAGAGUUUGUUAUGUGAUGGUGAGUUCUUUCAUGUACGUUGUUCUGCUCAUAUUCUAAAUUUGAUUGUCCAAGAAGGUUUAAAAGCAGCUAAUGAUGCCUUGUUUGGAAUUAGAGAAAGUGUGAAAUAUGUUAAAGGAUCAGAUGGUAGAAUGAGAAAGUUUGAUCAAUGUGUUAAGCAAGUUGGAAUUAGUACAAUUUUGGGUUUACGUUUGGAUGUGACAACUAGAUGGAACUCAACUUCAAGUUAUCCAACUUCCAAUUUGUACUUUAUGCAAGUUUGGAAAAUUGAAUGCUUGCUGAAGGAGAAUUCAAGUAAUUUAGAUGAAGUUAUUAAGGAAAUGGCUGUAAGAAUGUUUAAUAAGUUUCAGAAAUAUUGGAAUAGAUAUAGUUUGGUACUCUCAUUUGGAGCAAUUUUGGAUCCUCGCUUCAAGAUGCAACUUUUAGAACAUUGUGUCUCAAAGGUGAACUCUUUGGCAAAAGCGCAGGCUGCAACUAUAAAGUUAAAAUUAUACAAGCUCUAUGAACAAUAUGCAAAUAAUCAAAUAGGGGCAACUGCUCCUACUACUUGGUCCAAACCAAUUGAAGAAGGAAGUCAAUCCAAACAAAAGAAGUUUACUUUCUUUGCGGAAUUUAAAGAGUUUGAGGGUACAUUAGUUUGCAUUGCUGGAAAGUCAGAAUUGGACCUUUAUUUGGAGGAAAAAAAGCUCGAUUAUCAGACUUUUCAUGAGAUGGAUGUUAUUAAGUAUUGGAAGGAUAAUGAAAAAAAUAUCCCGAUCUUUCGGUAA